CGUACCUGGUCAACAGGAGCGUCUCCGAUGUAAACAAUGGAGUGUGAGUGGAGGUUCAAAUUACUCGGCCUUGAAUAGUUCAAUUAUCUACUUAUAAACCAACACAAAAGACAAAAAAUGUUUCGAUUUGCUUCGAAAUCUAAAGGUCAUCAGAAUGGAAGCCGUGAAUCUAUGGACAGCCAACUGAGUGGUUCCAGCAAUGAAAAUUUAUCCCCAAGCACCAAAGAGGGAAAAGAGGCUGUGGAUAAGAUUUUACACCAAAGAAUUUAUUUCAAGGUUUACUAUCUUGGAGUUGUUCAAGAGAUAAAUGUGACACACUCGAAGAAGAGAGACACAGAUGCCCAACUGAUAGACUUAGUGGAAGAGCACCAGAUUGAUGGCAAACUUGAAGUAGCAGCCAAGGAAGAGAACAGCGUACUCAUAUUUGUUUCCAGAUAUGGAAUCAAAGUUGUUAGUGGCCAAGAAGUUUUGCAAAGACACCCUCUACACACUAUUGCCCAGCUGAUUCAGUACAGUGAUGGAUUUAACAGACAAAACAUUGCUGUGAAGAUCGGACAAGUUGGGAAAAGUGUAUACCAGUGCUAUUUGUUUCAGUGCCAUAAUGAGGAUCAAGCACAAGCCAUUUGCCAAUGUGUCAGACUAAUCUUUAAUGCCAUCACCGCAAAGUCGUGACAGUGAAUGAAGGCUGAUACAUAGGAUAUGAAAGAACACAAGACACUUCUCCUGUUCAGCAUGGCAUGAAACUGAAUCUACAAAUCUGAAGGAGGAGAAGAUAUGAAAGUGCCUACCGGUUCCAAUCAUCUAUAGCGAUAGUGUGAAUGAGGAGUAAAAUGCAUCUGAAAUGCUCAGGGACUGAGUAAGGGUUCGUUUGUAGGGGUGGUGGGUUACCGCAUGAGGGUUAAUCGCGCUGGAAAACUUGUGCCUAAUUACUAGCCGAGUUUGUGUACAUAACAAAGUAGGAACAGCACAAUCGUGGUACCGCUACAUCCAGUGUCAGAUGUGCGGUAGGCAUUGGCGAUCAUGGUUCUCCAUUCAUUCCUUCACUCAGAUGCUCUUAAAAAAGCUACGUUGCCCUGAUCUUUCCCUGUUGCCCAUUUGUUAGGUUCCCGAAGCAGGUUGCUCUGGGCCUACCCAGCCUCGUUUGCCUUCAAUUUUGCCAGUGAGAACUAGAUGUUCAAGACCUUUAU